UUAUUAUAUAUCCAAUGCAAAUCGAGUUAUGUCUCGUCAUUGCAUUCACAACGAAGAUGCAAGUGAGCUGGCGUGGGGCGAGCUUUGUGGGGGCUCUUGUCCUCACCGCCAUCGCCGGGCUAUUCAUGCUGCUGACACCGGCACUCCUUGUCCUGUAUAUCUUUGGGAGGCGCGGCGAGGCGCUGUUCCACUUUGUGCAACAGAUGGUGCAAGGAAUGUGGCUCGGGAAUGUGGCCAUCCUCGUGGAGCAGUGGCAUGGCAUGUCGACAGAGAUCUACAUCAUUGGGGACAAGUCGCGGAUCUCGUGCAUCACGUCUGCAGAGCGAGCCGUGUGGAUCUCCAACCAUCGCACGCGUAUCGACUGGAUGCUGCUGUGGUCGUUGGGCCUCCGAACCAACACGUUGCACCAGCUCAAGAUCGUGCUCAAGGAUUCACUGCGCGCCGUGCCCGUGUUUGGCUGGGCCAUGCAAGCGUUUCAGUUUAUCUUUCUCUCCCGCGACUGGAAAACCGAUGAAAAAGCACUCACGCGGCUGCUCACACACCUCGGCCGCGCCCGACCCAACUCGACGUACCUCCUCUUUCCGGAAGGCACCGACCUUGCUCCCAACAGCGUCAUUAAGAGCAACCAAUUCGCCGCCACGAGGGGCCUGCCGCCCCGACACUACACCUUGUACCCUCGCACCACGGGAUGGAAUCACAUGUUCCCUCUGGUCCGAGGCCACGUUGAUGCCGUCUACGACCUGACGCUGUGCUAUGUCGACCACAAAGACACCAAGGACCAGCGACCGUCCGAAGCGUCUUUGCUUUCUGGCCACAUGCCAUCGGCCAUCAAGAUCCUGUUGGAACGCAUCCCCAUCGAGUCCAUCCCGCUCGACGCCGCCAGCUUGCGCCAAUGGAUGGACGACCGGUUUGCUGCCAAGGAAGCCAUGCUCGACCAGUGGUACACCCUUCAAACCCUGCCUCCCGCGGCCGAGCGCAUCCUAGAUCAUGACAUCCUCCGGCGCGCGCACCUCGUUCAAGCGUACUGGAUCCUUCUCUGCACGCUGUGCUUUAUGAUGUUGUACCAGUACCCACUCGUGCGGUGGUGUGGCGUCGUAACUAUCGUCGGCCACUUGGUGAUCACCCGAAACGGCGGGACCGAUGGCUUCUUGACUUCGAGAACGACCUAUUACAACGACUAGAUAUGGACACAAUCAGACUGUUAUAUCCAUAGCAGUAUUGGAGCAAUAACAGCAGCAAUAGCAGCAGCAGGAACCUCUCGUCGAUCACCAUAUAUAUAUAUAUAUAUCGAGUAUAUAUACUACUUCG